AUAGUUUAUCAUCUCAAAUUUCAAGCACACAUAUUCCGUGAAAGUUAUUCCAUGAAAAUUGUUACAUGUCCAUGAGUGUAUCUAAAGAUUGGUGUGACCAAAAGAAUUCUUUUAUGCAUUUAAAAACUUUUACUCAUUUCAAAACAUUCAAAGAGCACAAAAGAGGAAAAAAAAAAUAAGAACUCUUAGGUGCACCUCUAGGUCACCCAAGCAUUGUUCAUAGUGGUUCAGAGCAUCAUGUUCCUAAACACUAGUGAUACAAGGAUCAAGUGAUACAUACACUAGUGGUCACAUAUUCACAGGUUCCAAGGUGAUUGCAUAAACCAGGUAAUUAAAAUGGCGGGAUGUCAUGCAUUGCCUCAGGAGAUCCACCAAGAUUUUCUCGCCGUUGCUCACAUCACGAGCAACGGUGAUACUUCUGGUGAGGCGAGGAAGCACCUAAUUGACAACAAUGGAGAAAGAGAGAUUGUUGUAAGACAAAGACGGAGAGUGCACACCACGGACCUUGAAAUCAACGAACAAUUCGGGGCGAACGGUGAGGCGAAGAAGAGUUGUGACGUUAAUGGAAAAAGAGAGAUUGUUGUAACGCGAACGGACCUUGAAAUCAAGGAACAACCCGGGGCGGCGAACGGAAACUUGAUCGGAGAAAAGGAGGCGUAUAUGGAGGAUGUGUUGGUGAAACACAUAGAGACAUGGAUGGACAAAACCAAAUACCAUCUAGGAUAUCCCGGCAAUUUGGACUUUAACUUUGAUGAUCUUGGUGAUCGAUUGCAACAAUUUUUACUUAACAAUUGUGGUGAUCCAUUUAUUGAGGGAAACUAUGGUAUGCACACUAAGGACUUUGAAGUGGCUGUUUUAGAUUGGUUUGCUAGUCUUUGGGAGAUUGAGAAGGAUCAAUAUUGGGGUUAUGUUACAAAUGGAGGAACAGAAGGAAACUUUCAUGGCCUAUUGAUUGGGAGAGAGAUGUUUCCUGAUGGAAUUCUGUAUACCUCUAAAGAAUCACACUACUCGGUUUUCAAAGCCGCGCAUAUGUACAGAAUGGACUGCAUUAAGGUUGAUACAUUAGUUUCCGGAGAGAUUGAUUAUGGCGAUUUAAAGACUAGGCUUCUUGAGAACAAAGAUAAACCAGCUAUCAUCACCCUCACGAUAGGGACUACGGUAAAAGGGGGUGUUGAUAACAUCGAUCUUGUUAUAAAGACACUUAAAGAGUGCGGCAUCCCACGCAAUCGGUUCUAUAUUCACUGUGAUGGAGCCUUGUUUGGUCUUAUGCUCCCUUUCAUAAAUCGAGCCCCUCAGGUCACAUUCAAGAAGCCAAUCGACAGUGUCACAAUUUCAGGCCACAAAUUUGUGGGAUGCCCAAUAACAUGUGGAAUUCAAAUAGUAAGAAAACAACACAUUAACGUUCUAGCUAAGAACGUAGAAUACAUAGCUUCAAGGGAUAUUACAAUCAUGGGUAGUAGAAAUGGUCAAGCACCAAUCUUUUUAUGGUACGCUUUGAAUCGCAAAGGUUAUAAUGGAUUUCGAAAAGAGGUACAAAAGUGUAUGCAAAAUGCUCGUUACCUAAGAGACCGCCUUAUCGAAGUUGGAGUUAGUGUGAUGCUUAAUGAGCUUAGCAACACCGUUGUCUUUGAACGUCCAAAAAACGAGGAAUUUAUACAACAUUGGCAACUUUCUUGUCAAGGGAAUAUAGCUCAUGUGGUUGUGAUGCCUAAUGUAACGGUAGAUAAGCUUGAUAUGUUCGUUGAUGAGAUGGUUGAGAAGCGUUUAAGCCAACCUCCAUGUGUAGCUUUUGAGAUUGGUAAAGAAAAUUGUGUUUGUUCUUUGCAUUGAUGUGAGUUUAUUUGAUGAUUAAUUGGAUUGUUUUGUAUUAAGGUGAAUUACUUAAUUAUGUUUUUCAAUUCUUUUUAAUUGUGUAUAUUAUUGUGAUUUGGGAAA